AUGCGGUUCCCAACUCUUUCUUCUCUUCUGUGCCUCGCCGGCUUGGCCUCCGUUCCCGUCAACGCGUAUGCAGGCGACGAUACAAACAUUAAAAGCAUCCCGCUCCGAACCCAUAGCCUGACAUCGCCCUACCUAGAUUCGGAUUUCCAGAGCCGCUGGUUCGACUUCGGAGGGGAUACAGUCAUUCGAGCUGACAAUCGGUUGGGUGCUAGGUACAUUCGUCUAACCGCUGACCGGCCGUCACAACAAGGAUGGAUCUUCUCUCGCGUGCCUUUGACCGCGACGAAUUGGGAGAUUGAACUCGAGUUCGAGAUCCACGGCAACGGCAACUUGCACGGCGAUGGCUUCGCCCUAUGGCUCACCAAGCAGCGCGCCACCCAGGGCCCGGUUUUUGGGUCAACGGACCGAUUUGAGGGCCUUGGUAUCUUCAUCGACACAUAUAAGAACAACCGCCCGGGCGUGUCGUUCCCCUACGUCAUGGCUAUGAUGGGCGAUGGCGAGACCACCUACGACCAGGCGCACGACGGCAAGGCCAACGAGCUGGCUGGAUGCUCGGCUCGCGGUCUUCGCAACGCCCCCGUCCCCACCAAGCUCCGCCUCACUUACUUCCAGGAUAAGUCCCUGACUCUGGAUUUACAAUACAAGACCGAGGACUCGUGGGUCAACUGCUUCGCUUUGAAUGCCGACGAGGCUAGCAUCGCCAUUCCCUCCGUCGCAUACCUAGGCCUGUCCGCCGAGACCGGCGAGCUGAGUGACAACCACGACAUCAUCUCCCUCAAGGCCGAGAACCUGUACUCCCUAAACAACCGUAACAACGCCGGCAGCAAGGGCUCUGAUUCCAGCCGUGGUCGCGGCCGUGGUGGUAGCAGCCGUGCAGCCCAACAGGAGAAGGGCAGCUGGACAUGGUUCCUAUUCAAGAUUAUUCUGUUUUUCGGAGCCAUUAUCGGCGCCUACUUUGGCUGGACAAUCUACCGGACCAAGGCGCGGUCGUCUAGGUUCUAG